CCGAGCCGGGGACCAAUUUGAGUCUGCCCUGCCGAGGGGCCCCCUGCCUCCCUUUGGGAAGGGGGAUGAGUCAGGGUGGGCGGGGACAGAGGAGACCUCCCUCCCACCUUCCCGGAGUGGCCACAGCCCUCCUCCCUGUGCCCCGGGCAGCUGCACCCAAGAAGCCACAAGCCCCACAUCCGGAGCCUCUCCAGCAUCUCCUCUCCUCGUCUCCCCUAGACCACCCUCCCCAACCUGCCCCGAUGGUGGGGCCCCGGGGGCCGUGCAGCCCCUGCUGGGAGGAGGAUGCGUGUCUAGACUAUUACGGGCUGCAGUCCCUGCACCGCAUGUUCCAGGUGGUGGGCGCCCAGCUGGCUGAGCAGGAGCUGUCCGUGCUCUCCUUCCUGCUGGACGAGGCUCUGCCAGCACCCGAGGAUGGGGAGCCCAGCCUGGCCCCAGUGGGGGGCCUGGGCCGGCCUCCGGCCCGCUCUGGCCUGGAGCUUCUGCUGGAGCUGGAGAGGAGGGGCCAGUGUGACGAGGCCCACCUGGGGCCACUGAUGCAGCUGCUGCGGGUGCUGGCCCGGCAAGAUCUGCUGCCCAGGCUCUCGCUCAAGCGGGCCCGCCCAGUGUCCCCUGAGCGCUAUGGCUGUGGUCCUUCUGGGUCAGACGAGAGGCCGGAGGGUAGCUGUUUGGGCUCGGCCAGCAGAACUUCGCAAAGGGCCCAGUGGGAGGCAGGUUCACCUCCUGGGAAGAGGCAGAGGAGAAGUCUGGGCCGAUCCAGUGCCGGAGGGAGACGGCGGCGGGGACCCCACGGAGCUUCGAGGUCGAAAAAUCCUGUGUCGUCUCCUGCUGCAAACAAAGUGACCUGCGACAUCCGCCUCCGAGUGCGGGCCGAGUACUGCGAGCACGGGGCAGCCCUGGCUCAGGGUGUGGUCUCCCGGCGGCCCCAGUCUGUGGCCCGCCAGCUGGACCUGUUUGGGCAGGCCAUGGCAGUGCUGAAGUCCAGGGACCUGGGUUCCGUGGUGUGUGACAUCAAAUUCUCUGAGCUGUCUUACCUGGAUGCUUUUUGGGGGGACUACCUCAGUGGGGCCCUGCUCCAGGCCCUGCGUGGUGUCUUCCUGACCGAGGCCCUUCGAGAAGCUGUGGGCCGGGAGCCGAUUCGCCUGCUGGUCAGUGUGGACGAGGGGGAUUAUGAGGCCGGCCGCCGUCGCCUGCUGCUGUGGGGUGGCCGUCCCCCCGGGGCAACGCAGGCCCUGCCACCCCGCUGACUCUGGACUCUGCCCAGGGCACUGCUGGUUGCUGCCCUUGGACACCCGGGGAGGGGGCAUUGCUGCUGCCCCGCCCCCCCCACCCUGCCCCUCCAGA